AUGGUUUUGUCUCUGAAUUGCCUCCCAGAAGAGAUCCUUCAUGCGAUUCUAUGUGUCUCACACCCUCGCUCCACUGCUACAUUGGAGCAGACAAGCCGCCGGUUCAAGAAUGUGACGAACGAGCCGCUUUUAUGGCGCUAUUACUGCAAAGUCUACUAUAAGUCGUGGGAUAAAAAACAUGCAAUCUCUCAGAAACUCUCGGAGCCUGCCUCAUCGACCGACUGGAAGCAACUCUUCAUUUCGAGAUUCCACGUCGAUCACUCUGUCGCCCGACUCUUGGAUAGUAUCCUUGCGAGUCAAACUGGACGCAUUGAAAAAUUUCGGGCUGUUAUUAAUUUUGGGUUCGAUGCUAAGGAUACUUUGGUUCGUCACAGCAGAGUGGAAUCGGGGGAGGAUCACCUGGCCAGAAGGUCUUUGUUAUUUGAAAGAUAUUACGCUCGAGCGCUUUUGACCUGCCUUCAUCGAAGCAUUGCAGUCCCCGAAUGGGCUAAACUCAGACGGGGAGAGCCCGUGCCACUUGAACGGGCAUUGGCUGCUUUCGACCUGUUCAUUCCAGAGACCAGUUUUGGGGACCUGGAUGAGGUCCGGGACAUAUUGGAUGACAUUGUUGCUCGGUUUAUGACAUCUCAUCCUGAUAUCGACGAUCUUACCGCCCGAGAAAAGGCCCUCCUCCUCGCAUCCUGGCUACAUGAGAAUCAUAUCACCGGGAUGGAGGCGGAGCGUCAGUAUCAUUCCCUGGAACAUAAUUUCCUAGGGUUAGCGUUGACAAGCCCGGGCCAUAACUCUUUGCCACUGGUCUCAGCUGUGAUCUAUUGCUACGCUGCCCAAAAGUUGGGCAUGGAUGCUCGCCCUUGUGGGUUCCCAUUUCAUGUUCAUGUUAUUAUUACCCCUUCAUUGGGACUUGACAUGAACGGGAAUGCCCUGCCCGGUGGAGAGCCUGGUGCUCCAAUGUAUCUGGAUCCAUUUUGGGGCGGACAAGAGACUCCUGUGUCGGAUCUUCGAGAUCGCUUGGUCUUUCUUGGUGCUACGGAUACUGAGCAAUCGGAUUUCUUGGGCGAAUCAUCGCCUUCUCAAAUUGUUUUACGCUGCAGCAAAAAUAUUUUGAAUUCCAUCAAUUCUCUAUCUCAGGCAACCGAGAGUCAUACGUCUUCAGUGGAUCUGGUCAGUGCUAAGUAUGCCGCGUUAUGGUCAUCAAUGCUCCUUUCAGGAGACUCGCGGCCUAUGGACCUGCGACACAAAUUACCCUGGCUUAUGGAGCUGUUUGCCACCGACUUCCCAUCCGAUAUCUUUCUGAUAGAAAAACAUAUUGUGCCCCUAUUUGAGGGACUCUUCGAACAUGAACAUAUUUUAGAAAGCCUCCAUGUGAUGCGAGCAGUGGACGGGAUUCCGAAGCCAGUUCACCGACGAUCUGGCGAGAGCAACAGCAUUCGAUACAAAGUGGGCCAGGUUUUCCAACACCGCCGAUACCACUACCGAGCCAUCAUCACUGGGUGGGAUUCCGAGUGUGAGGCCGAAGAGCCGUGGAUGCGACGGAUGGGAAUUGAUCGAUUGCAAGCAGGCCGUCAUCAGAGCUUCUACCAUGUUUUGGUUGAGGAUCGGAGUGUGCGAUAUGUAGCGGAGGAGAAUAUAGAUCUGAUUCUCCCACAGAUGGCAGAGCUCCCGCAGAGCCUCACCAUGAUUGCAGGCAAACAUUUCAAACGAUGGGACGAGGAUACCCGUUCUUUUGUCAGUAAUUUACGUGAUGAGUAUCCUGAUGAUUAA